AUGGACCGCACUCUGAUAGCCCGGCGGGCCACCAGGCUCGCCGCGAACUGCAGCAGAGCAUACUCUACCCGACAGAGAGCAAGUCCACUUACAUUCUCGCUUUCACACACCUCACAGCGCCGCUAUGCGUCAACGAAUGAUCCAUCCAAACCAAUCGUGCUCGAGCAGCCAGACCAAUUCCGCCCACCAUCACACGGAGCACGAUUAGCUAAAUCGCGAAGUAGGGGCUCUACCCUCCAUGGCGCCUACAAUCAGUCCUCAACGAACACCGAGCGUGAGGCGCAAAAGAAGAAAAGCUACCCACACAUGUUUCCAGAGAAAGGCACUUUCAUGAACUGGUUCCUGACGAACAAGGUCAUACAUAUAUUCAUAGCGUUUUGGAUUCUGAUCGUCCUCUCAAUCACGACCUGGCUGCAGACCUUCGCCGCAACCUCACCCUUCGGCCACCUCCUCCCCGCCUGGAGCACGCUCCCCUUCCAUCCACUCCGAUUCUUCUCCGACUUCUGGACCGUCUACAUCAUGCACAUGGACUACAACACCGAACAAGUUGAGUUCGCGCGCGCCCGAAACGUGCUAGACGCGCAGAAACGCCGCAUCUACCGCCGCGCGCAUGGUAUGGAGGAUCUCGAUCGGGAUGAAGACCAGGGUGUUGAUGUCCGCGGGAUCGUGCCUUGGGAUGAUGGGCUGACGAAGAAGGAGCGUGCGGCGGGUGGCAUUGGCGCGAAUCGGAUCAAGAUGGCGAGUGUGAUUGAUUUGGGUCCGGGCGUGGAUAAGGACGUGGUGUACCAGGCGGCGGCCGCGAGGAGGCAGAGUCAUCAGAGUGAGAGUGAUUUCAAGAAGGAGGUGUUCAUUAGGCGGAGGCAGCAGGAGCUAGGUUUGACGAUGGAGGAUGACCCGGCAAUUGAGGCGUUGAGGAGAAGGAACAGGGAUGCGGAUGAGUUGGGGCCGUGGACGCCGACGCAGAGGAUGCUUGCGAGUAUGGAAGCCUUAGAGGGUGAGGCGGAUAAGAGUGUCAGAGAGGCGGAGGCCGGGGUGGUGAUGAAGGGCGAGGAUGGGGAAGUAGCGAAAGAGAAGAGGAAGGGGAAGGAGGAGGUUAAGAAGAAGCUGUGGCUUGGGAUCUGGUAG